AUGGGGCAAGACGAUGAUAUCACGGCCACUCAAAAGAUGUUUUCUGCCAUGUCCGGCAGUUUUCUAACCUCGCUCCUCAUGACCCCUCUCGAUGUCGUCCGAGUUCGUUGGCAAUCCCAGCCUGUGCCCACGGGCAAUUCGACCUGUUUCUCGCCUAUCAUCCUCACCACGAAAAGUCUAAACACCAUGCCUUCGACGAACAUUGGGGUGACAGCCUGCUGCCGAGAAGUUUUCUUUAUGAAUAACAACGCCGAAUAUUGUGUCGCAAUGCCGCCCCGGUCAGGCGCAGCGGCAAAUAUGCCAGCAGCAGAAUGCGCCGUGGAGGAAAUCGAACGGAGAACGAUUAGCUCCACGAUGGAUGGGCUAAGAAAGAUCGCGCGGAACGAGGGGCUCACAAGUUUAUGGAGAGGCUUGUCGCCGACACUGGUCAUGGCCGUCCCUGCCAAUAUCAUCUAUUUCACCGGCUAUGACUGGCUCCGGUACAACUCAAAGAGCCCGAUUUCGCACCGCUUCGGGGCCGAUUUAGCUCCGCUAAUAGCCGGAUCCGUUGCGCGUGUGCUGGCCGCGGCCGCAGUUAGUCCGAUUGAACUCUUCCGUACUCGACUGCAGGCAACAACGGGCUCCUCAACGACCGGUCACCUUGCAAAUACCUUCCGAGAGAUCCAGGAAAUGGUCCACGCUCACGGCUACAAAUCUCUAUGGAGGGGUCUGACUUUGACUCUGUGGAGAGACGUGCCCUUCUCUGGGAUCUACUGGUGGGGCUACGAGACGGUCCGGAGGAGGCUGAUUGUCAUGAGAGAAUCGGACGCCGGUUUGCUACACAACGCAGAGGGCCGGGACAAACAUACAGAAACUUUCGUCGAUAGUUUCAUCGCGGGUGCUGUGUCGGGUUCUAUUGCCUCCAUAAUAACGAUGCCGUUCGACGUGGGCAAGACCAGGACACAAGUGUUCCGGGGAAUAUCAGCAACAGGAAAUGGUGCCAGCAGCACGACGGCGGAGCGAGGAAAUAUGACGCGCCUCCUAUGGCACAUCUUCCACACAGAGGGCAUCCGGGGUCUCUGGAAAGGUUGGAUACCACGGACAUUGAAGGUCGCGCCGGCAUGUGCGAUUAUGAUCAGCAGCUACGAGGUUGGCAAGAAAGCGUUUCGAUCAAUAAACGCGAAAGCAAGAGAGAACCACGGGCACUAA